UUUAAAUUUUUAAAAGCCCGCCAUUUGUAAAAAAGAAAAGGUUAGACAACCUUGUCCGUGAAAAGUAAUCCUUUGUUUAUAUUUUGAAAGUUUACUUAUUCUGGGUUGUAUAUAUUAAGUAAUCAGGGGAAAAUAUAUUUACUUAAUUUGUUAUUCAGCUAAAAAAUGUUUUACGCCAAUUUUGUUUUGGCUAAGAAGGGGCCUUUGGCUAGAGUAUGGCUUGCUGCCCACUGGGAAAAGAAGCUCAGCAAAGCUCACGUUUUCGAGACGGAUUUGGAAUCAUCUGUUGAAACUAUCAUAUCACCAAAAGUCAAGAUUGCAUUGAGGACAUCUGGACACUUACUUUUGGGAGUUGUUCGCAUUUACUCCAGAAAAGCAAAAUAUUUGCUGGCUGACUGCACAGAAGCUCUUAUAAAAAUAAAGAUGGCGUUCAGGCCAGAUGUGGUCGAUUUACCAUUGGACAAUCAGAAAGCUGCAGUGUCAACCAUUACUUUACCAGAGUUCCAGGAAUGGGAUGUUAUGAUGAAUAACAUGGGAAAUUUUGACAUCACUGCAACUUUGAACAAUAAUCAAUGUCGUGUUGAAGAAAUCACCAUGAAAGAAGAUUUAGUCGGUGCAAGGUUUUUAUCUGAUGACAAUUUUUUUGGAGACACACAGUUUGGCGAAACCGAAGAGAUUAUUCGUGAGGGAGCCAGUAUUGAUAUGACGACUGCAGAUAUUUCAAAAUCUCGAAUAGAAACUGAAAGUAAAUCAAUGGACCAAAGUAACUUAGAAUUAGCGAUGGAUGAUCCUAUGAUGGGUGGCGAUGACUUUGGUGCAGGUGAUGGUUUUGGAGCUGGUGAGGGGUUGGAUUUCUUAGAUGGUUUUGAAAUGGAAGCUGGUGCAGAGAUUGCUGGUCUUGAAGAUAUUGAUAAAUCAUUGGACAUCACACUAACAAAGCCUGUCGAUGAAACGGAAACCGCAGAUAAAGAUGAAGUCGAGAACAUCCCCAAUGAAUUACAAGAAACAGAUGCAGUAGUGCCCGAGCUACCUACCGGGAUGACAACUGGUGUGGAAACAACCCUUUUCUCGCGUGACACCGAAGCUUUUGCACUCGAACCAGUCGAGGUGACAGUUGGUAAAGAAAAACGCAAAAGACGCAAGAGAAAGCUGGUGGUGGAUGAAGAAAAGAUCAUUUCAAAUGUUCAAAUGAAGGAACAGAUCAACAGUUAUGACGAUAUUGUCAAGGCUGCGGUUGUGGCUCCACCUACGAGAGCUAGAAUGUCUUUAUUCGAUAACUCCGCCAAAACGAUAUUUUCACAACCCACUGCUUUCAAGAGUAAAAGAAGAAUUUUAAAUAAAUGUUAUAAAGACCACCUUACGUUAACCGUACCUGAAGAUCUUCAGCUCCCUUCCUCUCAAGAAGAUGAAGUUGAAUUGGAAGCUCCUAGUGAAAUUCUCCGUGAAGGAGAGAACGUGACAGAGCUAGCUGACGUAAGUAAGGAAAUCACUGACAUCGAAAAAACACACCCCGAGGAGGAGUUAUUGGAAGAGUUUAUUCCUCCACAAGUCGAUGAGGCUGAUAUUGAUAUGCGAGUAAACGAAGAACUCAACGAAGAAGAUCUACAAGUCCCUCCACCUUUUGAAUUGGAGAAGGAAGUUAACAUAAGUGAAUUUAUGAAAGAAGUUGAAGGAGACAGUGGUGAAACCGAUAAAGACGAUGAACUCGGUAAACGAUGGACCAAACGUACGCAACAAACCUUAAACUUGUUGGCGAAAGGUCUAAAGAAAAAAGACUCGAUAAACUUUAAAGAACUCACAAAGAGAUGCAGCAAAAAACAAGCUGCAUACAGGUUCUACACCCUCCUCCUUUUAAGAAAAGAAAAAGCUAUAAAAGUCGAACAAGACGAAUUAUUUGGAAACAUAUUAAUCGGUCGUGGAAGUCGUUUUAUUACGCAGCACUCCUAGUGAAGCCGAUAUACAGUACCGGUUGUUAAGCUGUUGCGCCAGCUCGGUUGUGUAACUUGAAAAUUUUCAUGAGCUCUACCAUGUAGUGAACAUAAUGUAGAUAGCGUAUAAAAUGUUCCCCAAGACCUGAUACAAACAACCAGCCUUCAGAAAAAAUAGAUGUGAACUUUUCUUAGGGGUGACUUCAGAAAUUAUACCUCUCCCUUUCUCCGUGUCACGAACGUCGAAAUAAAAGAAAUAUAACAUUGCCGUAUCCUCAGUCCCUGAAAUUGCAAGCACACCUGCAUACACUCCUGUGAAGCACGCAGAUGACAUAUCAGUUCCCUAUUAAACCCUAACCUAACCAUGUCUCCCAAAAAUGUGUAAGAUUGAGACGUAUUUAAUCGUCGAAUGUUUCUCGUUUUCAUUUGACUGCAUUUUUUGUUGGUGCUAGUGUCGAACUGCGCGUGCUAUCAAAAAAACCCGUGAGCUUUGGCGGUAUAGCGGAAAAUUCAGUCAAAUGGAAAUAAACCUUAGCGUCAAAUGAACGUUUAAUUUGUGGGUCGCCCCUUGAAGUAUAAGUAACAAUAUUUUAAAGCUUUCGGAAAGGUUUAAUGUUUGGCAUGUAUGUAUUAUAUGAUAUGCGUUCAGUAUUUUGAUUGAUAUUUAUCACUAGUGUA